AUGUCAUCGAACGACCGUAAAAGUAAAACACCCUUAAAUUUUGGUAAGCACAAAGUUCCCCCGAUACCACCUCACAACCCUAACUAUAAUAAUAAUAAGCCUUCCUCGAGUGCUCCUUCAGCCACAAAAACUUCUGAUCAUAAAUCAUCCACGAAACCUCCGAAAACGGAAAUCUCUUCUUCAACCGAGGAAGCUUCUGACGACGAGUUCAAUAGCUCUAGUAGUGGUAAUAAAGAUAGUAAGUCAGGCCCAUCUGAUGGAUCAAAGAAAUCUUCUUCCAAUCACCCACAUCCAAAUAUUCCUCUUUCAUCAACGAGUUCUAAUUCCGAUUCAAAGUCCCCAAUGUUCACCACAAAGUCAAAAAAGUCAGAUGUCCCAAAUAACUCAUCUACCACAAUGUUAAAACCACCGGUAAGCGGUAUCAAGAGUAAUCCGUCGAAUGGUGGAUCAACGUAUGAUAGCUCAGAUAAAAAUCAGAAAAAGGUCAAACGUAUGGAAUCUGCUCCAAUGAUACACAUACCAAUACCAGGUGAAGAGAAUUAUGAAAGGAACACAAUGGCUACUCAGUCCCUGAUAAAUUUGUCAACCUCACCAAAGUUGAGUACCGUGACCGAGAAUAAAUCUGGAACCGAAACUCCUCGACAAUAUGUCGAGCGGUUGAAGUAUACCUUGUCAAAAUCAAAGUUAGCUACCGUAUUAGCCAAGAAAUCCGAUGCAUUUCACCAGUCGGCCCUCAAGGCCUAUAUGGAAGCAUUCAAUUUUGAAAAGGAUCCAAUUGAUAUCGCGUUGAGGAAGUUUUUAAUGGAAUGUUACCUUCCAAAAGAAACUCAACAGAUCGAUCGUGUAAUAGAAGCCUUCGCGAAAAAGUAUCAUGAGUCGAAUCCAGACUUGUUUGCAUCCUCGGACGCAUCUCAUACUCUUGCAUUCGCUUUGCUGAUGCUGCACACGGAUACGUUCAACAAAAACGUUAAGCGCAAAAUGACAAAGGAUCAGUUCGUUAACAACACACGUAUCGAAGGUGUGCACCCAGAGAUACUAGAGAUUCUCUACGACAAUAUCACCUUCGCGCAGUUCACGUAUGCCGAGGAUGACACAGAUGUGAACGGCCAGACGAUGAUUGAAUCACCACCAGACCAUCGUACACUUUUUCCAUCCUCCAAAGAUAAGAGGAAGUAUGUGCGUAACAGGAAUAAUCCGUAUUGGGUCAUACAGAAUAAAUUACCUACAGAAUUUAUGCCCCCCGUCAAAGACAUAGUCCCAAUGGAAAAUCCGUAUUCGUACAUGGGAACAUUACCGGAACUUGAUGUAGGGAAUUUGCACAGGGCAUUUUCUUCCGCGCAAACCAUUCGGAUUACUGGUGUACAGAAUCGUCACAAAAAUGAUACAGCCAAUGGCAUCUCAUCUAAUCAAUAUCAAUCGGUUUCUAAUAAAAGCAACGAAGUUCAUCCACUAAAGAUAACCAAGGGUGGUAGGCUGGGUAAAAAAAUUGACAUGAUUGAUGGUAAGAAGAAAGGAAAUUUCUCGCGUAACUGGAGGCAAUACGGCGCAAUAUUGAGUGGCAGUCAGUUGAUGUUUUUUAAAGAUGAAGUAUGGCAAAUAGCUGAAUUGAAGAAUCCAGAGAAAUCGAAAAAACUACCGAUACUUCGACCUGAUGCAAUACUGAUGAUGGCCGAAUCGGUGGCAGUUUAUGAUAAGAGCUAUGUAAAGUACGCGAAUGUAUUUCGACUCGUGUGUCCUAAAGGUUGUCAAUACCUAUUUCAAGCUGAAAGCGAGGCUGAAAUGAACGAUUGGAUAUCAAAGAUCAAUUAUGCCGCAACAUUCAGGACCGUCGGGUUGAAGAUCAGGAAUGUCGUGAAUAACUCCCUUGGAACUGGUCUAGGUAUCGGCGGAGCAAGUAAUAAGGGAGGUAAUGGUCUACUUGGACUUGGUAAGGACGACAGCGCUAAUAAGGAUUCGCAUGGUCGUGCCAAUUUUCUGAGGUCAAGAAUCGAUGAACUCCAAGAAAAAAUCUCCACUCUCACCACGCAAUUGCAAACGGACAUUCGACUUCGAAAUAAUCUUAUAUUAAUGAUUCCCUACAAAGCUUCCACCAGGGAUCGCAUAAUACAAAUAUCCUGUGCAGUAGCACAACGGCUCAGGCAUACUUGUCUGGAGCUCAGCAGGCUGGUAUGCUAUCACGAGAUACUGGAAAAGGAUCUGUGUGCUACUGUGAUGGAGAAUAGUGGUUACUGGCAACAUAGGAGUAGCAUGUAUAGAGUAGGUGAAAGUUCACAAGAUCAUCUGGCUCCCCGACCAAUAGUUGAUCCUCCGACGAGAAGGCAACUGGGAUCUUCGGAGGUUUACACAGGUGGACAUGUACUUGAAGACCUGACGAAUGAUGACGAACGAAGCGUGAAAGAAAAGAGCAACCGGGACAAAAAUAAUUCUUUGUUACCAAGUGACAGUACGGGUAGGUCUCACCUCCGAUUAGACAAGAGGCCAAUCAAUUGGGGCGCCAGGGCGACGACAUUAGACCUCAUACCUGCAUCACCGACACCUUCGACACCUUCGUCAUUAAUAACAGGAUCUAGUCAUACGUCUCCACAACAUUAUAAUGAAUAUGAAGAAUUCAGCUAUCUAGCAAAUAGCUCAGAAUUGGAAUUGGAGGUGGUUCAAACUCCAACCAUUAGCGUUGAUACCUUUGAAAACAGUGAACUGAGUUCUCUUGAUGAAUCCACGAACUUCAGUAGCAAAUAUAGAUAUGACAAGAAUCUCGACGAGAAAAUAUUCGAGAAUGAUAAGAUAGACUUUGAAAAAAUGCGAAUCGGGAGAAAAAGAUCGAAUGAAGAUAUCAGGAUUGAGAAGGACGAAAUUAAGUUGGGAUUUGAAGAUGAGUUCUUGUAUAAGCGACCUUCAGAGACACGGGCGACUGAAACAUUGUAUGUUGAAACAGCAAAAAUGAACAAGUCGAGCGAAGGUAAAUAUGAGAGUGACGAUGACGAGACGGUAAAAUCUGUUGACGAAACGUUGAAUGGAAAUAGUACACCUUUGGUAGUUAUAUCUGAAGUAGGGUCGUCAAACGGUGACGAAGAUGAUUAUCAAAAUAUAAGAGUUAAUAAUGAGUCUUCAAGUACCAUUGAGGAGGAUGCGUCAGAUUCAGACUCGGAAGAUGAGUUUGUUGAUUGUGAGGAAUGGGACCCUGAGUAA